AUGCGACCAACACUCCUUUCUAUCCUUUCCCUCUCAACUUUCGUUCUGGCAAACAUUGUUUUCCCUAAACCACAAAUUGCCUGUAACCCCUCUAUCAUUAUCCAUGGGUAUACGGAAUGUCAAGCAGGGCAGGUUUGUGGAACGGAGGGUAUAUGCCUCUAUCAGUCACAUCCGAAAUUCGCUCGAGCCUACAGCUCCGAUGGGAAAUGCGGUGUACAAAACGGCGGCCUUCUUUGCAACCCAAACUCCAAAACCUACAAAGGUACCUGUUGCUCAAAGUACGGCUGGUGUGGUAACUCUGAAGCUCAUUGUAACGAUGGUUGCCAAUCAGGCUGCAAAAGGCCCAUUUCGCCUGCUCUGGGCUCCGAAACUAAAGAUGGCCGAUGUGGGAAGGCAUUCGGAAAUAUUUUCUGUGGGAAAUGGCCAUACGGAAGGUGCUGCUCGGCUGCUGGUUUCUGCGGCGUGACUAAGGACCAUUGCAAUCCUGCGCUAGGCUGUCAAUCAGGUUGUAAAUCUUCACCACCGCCGCCGGGCCGUGCCACGAGCGCCAGUGAACCUAAAAUCACACAUCGUCCCGGAGGUGGGUCGAACAACGGCCCUAUUACAACAAAUGGUCAGUGUGGAGUACAGAAUAAUGGAGCUGUCUGUGGCGAUUGGUCACAGGGCCUUCCGCGAAGAUGUUGUAGUAUGUAUGGAUUUUGCGGCACGACUGAUGAUCAUUGCGGCGUCGGCUGCCAGAGCGGCGAGUGUAUCGGGGCACCUAUUUCUCCUGCUCCGGGGCCAGCCCCAGCACAUAGGGGGCUCGGCACAUUCUUCAGCGUGAUUGGGCAAGCCGGGGUUCCUGCUAUGCAUGCUGCCCUAAUGACUAAUGGUAAAGUGGUUUUUUUGGACAAAGUCGAGAAUUAUUCCCAACUUAGACUUAGGAAUGGACAGUACGCCUACUCAUCAGAAUUCGACCCAAACACUGGCCAAGUAGUACCACUUGCGUAUAAAACAAAUGCAUUUUGUUCUGGUGGGACAUUUCUCGCCGACGGCAGACUUCUGAAUAUUGGUGGAAAUGGACCCCUUGACUUCAUCGAUCCGACGGUAACUGAUGGAUUUGAUGCUUUGAGGUACCUCCAAAGAGGCUUUGGAACCGCAUCCCUAGAUGGGCAUGAUUGGAUCGAACCAGGGAACAAACUUGCGUCAAAAAGGUGGUAUGCAUCUGCUCAAACCCUUCCAGAUGGUAGGGUUUUCGUUGCAUCUGGCAGUCUUAACGGUCUCGAUCCAACGCUUGCUACGAAUAAUAACCCGACCUACGAGAUCCUCUCACCUGAGGGUAUUACAAAUGGGGUGAAGGUCCGUAUGGGUAUUCUGGUCAAGGCCCAGCCGUAUUAUAUGUAUCCUUUUAUCCACACACUAAGAGAUGGUAACCUUUUCAUCUUCAUCUCGAAGUUCGCUCAAAUCUUCAACGUUGACCAGAACGCGGUUGUACACCAGCUGCCAGAUCUUCCAGGGGGUUAUAGAACGUAUCCAAACACGGGAACUAGCGUUCUACUCCCACUCUCUAGCUCUGACGGGUAUAAAUCGCAUAUUUUAGUCUGUGGAGGCGGUGCUUAUCAGGAUAUUACAUCCCCAACCGAUGCUUCUUGUGGUCGAAUUAUUGCUGAUGACCCCGGAGCACAAUGGACUCUUGAAAGUAUGCCACAAGGCCGUGUCAUGGUUGACGGUCUCUUGCUCGCAGAUGGCAAAGUCCUGCUGGUGAAUGGAGCCAAUAGAGGAGCCCAGGGUUUUGACUUGGCGGAUAGCCCGACCUUAUCUCCUCUCAUCUAUAACCCUGAUGCCCCUCGGGGACAACGUUUCACGGAAUACCCCGGCAGUCCAAUCCCAAGGCUUUACCACUCAGUUGCAUUGCUACUUCUAGAUGGGACAGUCCUCAUCGCAGGAUCAAAUCCAGUUGAACAGCCAAUCCUCCAACCAAACGGCCAACAUCCCUUCGUCACCGAUUUUAGGGUCGAGCGCUGGGUUCCACCGUAUCUUCUAGGCGAAAAUGCUGGUAGGCGUCCUCGAAAUAUUCGUCUUGCGGCCAAGACGCUAGCUCCUGGCGGAACCUACACGCUUGAAUUUGAUGUUAUCGGAGACUCCAAGAGCGUUAAGGUUGUACUUUAUCAUGGGGGAUUUGUUACCCAUUCUGUCCACAUGGGACAUCGGAUGGUUUUCCUGGAUAAUUCUGGAUUCCAAAGCGGGACCACUCACCAAAAUAUCCGCCUCAAAAUCCCGUCAAGAAAUACAGCACAGCCCGGGCCUUGGGUUAUCUACGUUCUGUUGGAUGGUAUCCCGUCAAUCGGACAGUUUGUUAAGAUCCAAUGA